CAUAUAAAGCUACAGGGGUGGCUACAUUGUGCAACAUGGCGGCGCGCAGCUCAGACGAUGAGUCUGAACACAGUGCUGACGAACAGCGGCCGGCGCUCGCCAGUGGCUCCGAUGACUCCGCAGCAGAAGGCAACGAGGCCUGGGCCGACGUGCUGGGCAAGCUCCUCCAUACCAAGGCGCCCAGGACAAAGACUCCUAUCCUUUUCAAAGCGAAGAAGGAUGGACAACAGAGACGCCAAAAGCCGGCCACCGUCCUCGAAAUUGUGGGCGAUGGAGGAGAAGUGAAAGAACAGGAAACACAGAAACUGCCUGAUGAGCCCGAGUUUCUGUCCAAAAGGGAACUUCGGGAAAGGAAAGAAAAGAAGCGGCAGUGGGAGGAAAUGAGUAGGACAAAACCGGUGCACGAUGAAGUUGAAAAACGGUUAAGAAGCAUUGCCACAAGAGGUGUUGUACAGCUAUUCAACGCCGUUAAGACUCACCAAAAGGAAGUUGACGAGAAGCUCCGUGCUGCUGGCCAAUCAGAGACCAAGAGAGAUAAAGUGUUGAAAUCUUUCAGCAAGGGUGCUUUUCUGGAUAUGCUUAAGGAAAACAAGGAAAAAUCGUCUGACAAACAGCAGUCUUGGGGAGUGCUUCGAGACGACUUCAUGCUUGGUGCUGAGAUGAAGGACUGGGAUAAGGAGGAAGAAAUAGCCUCUUAGCUGUUGCUUUUGUGACUAGCAGCAAAUGUGACCACACACAUUACACUCUGUAUAAAGUCAGUUUCACAUUCAUAGA